AUGGUUUUGGAAUACCAACAAAGAGAAACUAAAGGAUCUCCAUCAAAAAGCAUGGCACCUAAUUCCUCGUUAGCGGAUAUUCGCACAUGCCCCGAAGCACAAACUGGGGAAGACAAGGGUUUACUUGACCCUCAUCUAUCAGUGUUGGAACUGUUAAGUAAGACGGGGCAUUCGCCUUCCCCAAUGGGACAGAGCUUGGUUACGUCCAUUGACAUAUCCAGCCACCAUAAUGUAAACGAUAGCAUAUCAGGAUCGUGGCAAGCCAUUCAGCCUUUGGACUUGGGCGCUUCUUUUAUCCCAGAAAGAUGCUCUUCUCAAACCACUAACGGAAGUAUUUUGUCAUCUAGCGAUACUUCUGAAGAAGAACAAGAGUUGCUUCAAGCGCCUGCUGCUGAUAUAAUAAACAUUAUUAAACAAGGACAGGAAGGAGCAAAUACUGUUUCGUCGUCUCAUCCCUUUAGGCAGCUGCAGAAGGUGAUAUCGCUUCCCAUGCCUGGUAAGGAGGAAACUCCUUAUAACGAGCAAGAUGAUGAUGAUGAAGAUGAGGCUUAUGAGGAAGAUAGUGUGACGAUAACGAAAAGCUUGACUUCUUCGACAAACUCUUUUGUUAUGCCCAAAUUAUCACUAUCACAAAAGAACCCAGUUUUUCGUCUUCUAAUACUGGGAAGGACUGGUUCCAACUUUUAUCAAUCAAUACCAAAGGAAUAUCAGUCUCUCUUCGAAUUACCCAAAUAUCACGAUUCCGCAACAUUUCCGCAAUAUACAGGGAUUGUUAUAAUUUUCCAGGAGCUGAGAGAGAUGGUAUCCCUGCUAAAUAGGAUCGUUCAAUAUUCUCAAGGCAAGCCUAUAAUACCGAUCUGUCAGCCAGGCCAAGUCAUCCAAGUGAAAAACGUUCUGAAGUCAUUCUUAAGGAAUAAACUCGUCAAAUUAUUGUUCCCUCCAGUAGUUGUGGCCAACAAAAGGGAUUUGAAAAAAAUGUUUCAAAGAUUACAAGACCUAUCUCUGGAAUACGCAGAGGAUGUGAAUGAGGAAGGUAAUGACGACGAAGGUAUACGUGCAAAAUCCAGGUCUUAUUAUCGCAACAAAAAAGCCGACAGCUCAAAAAGGAAAUCUCCCAAAUCGAAUAAAAAACCCAAGAAGAAGAAGCAAAGGUUCUUCACAAGCUGGUUCAGUUGGGGCAUCUCAAUUACUAUAGGAAUAAGUUUCGGGUGUUGUGUGACAUACUUUGUUACUGCAGCAUACGAACACCAAACAGUUAAGUCCUUAAAUUUGCGGUCGUCUAUUUUUGCCUCUUUACUAUCCCUAGAUUCCUCUAGCGACACGGUUAAUACGCAUGCCACUACAACUCCUUCUUCGAGUGAACAGUUUUUAUGGUUUGAUAAGGGUACGCUUCAGAUAAACUUCCAUACAGAUGGAUUUAUCAUGAAAAGUCUUACUGUCAUCAAGGAAACUUGGAGCAAAAUGAAUGAUUUUGUCUUGCAUGCUCUUUCUAAACCUUUAAAUUUUUUGGAGAACCUUAAUAAAAGCUCUGAAUUUUCUAUUGAUGAAUCCAAUCGGAUUUUGGCGCUUGGCUAUAUUCUAUUGUAA